GAGACUGCAUCUAAAAUGAGCUUAGACUCUUUAUUCCAGCACAUCAUAUUUACUGAACAUCAGGCAGAAGAAAGUCGUCGUUUGAGGCAUGAAGUGCGAGUGGAAAUAAACAGGUGUCGUGAAAAAAUUCAUAAAGCAACAGAAGAAUUGAAAGAAGAGAAAAUGAAGUCAGAAUCCAAGUCUCAUCAGUUUUCUGAAAAAGCCUUCCUCCUUGAGCUUUUGAAGAUGCAUGAAAAUGGCUUAGAAAGACAGUAUGCAGAAAUUAAAAAUGAAAGGAGUAGUCUUCUCCAAACCUUUGAGACUAUGAAGAAAAAAAUAAAAGAAGAGGAAGAAAGAUUUACCAAGGAGAUUACAGACUUCAAUAACGAGUAUGGAUUAAUAAAUAAGAGAGAACUUUUGAUUAAAGAAAAAGUCAAGAUUGAAAUAUCUGAUUUAGAGAAACAGGAAAAUAUUUUGAAAAGUGAAAUAAAGUCAAUGGAACAUAAGAGUGUCCAGUUAAAUGAACUUCAGCUACAAAAGAAUGAAUUGAUGCAGGAAUUAUUUGUUCUUCAGAGAAAACUUAAAGUUUUUGAAAAUAAUGUAAAUGAAGCCAUAUGUACCACCAAAUUUUUAGAGGAAGAAAAAGUCAGAAUCAGUGAAAAACCUCAGAAUGAUCCUGAAUGUAUAAGACUUAAAAAAGAAUUAGAACUUUAUGAGGAAGAAGACAUGGAAAGUGUUUAUGAAGCUCUCCGAUCAGAAAUAGAAUUUUUGGAAUUGACAUUGUCACAAAAAAGUCUUCAAGCAAAACAGUAG